CACUCUAUCCUAUUUCCAUCACAUGCCCCAUUCCAUAAACUGUCACCACCUUCGCAUACUUUCCUUUCAAAGUUCUAAUCUUCGAGAUCUCCGAAGAUCCAAAGAUCCAACUCUCCCAAACCUUAAAAAGCUUCAAAGGGUUUCUCCCUUUAGCCAUAACAAAAACUGGGUCUCAUUUGUUUUGAUCUAAAAAAGGAUGAAGGUCACUCUAGUUUCUCGGAGUGGGAGAGAGUUCAUCAAAGGUGGCCUUGAGCUUAAUGACUCGGCUACUGUGGCUGAUCUGCAGGAAGCAAUUCACAAGAGAACUAAAAAGUUCUAUCCUUCAAGACAAAGACUAACACUUCCCGUGCCAUCGGGAUCAAGGGAGAGGCCUGUCAUCCUUAACUACAAGAAGAGUCUCAAAGACUACUGCGAUGGAAAUGAGAACACCUUAACCAUAGUGUUCAAGGACUUGGGUCCACAAGUGUCGUAUCGAACACUUUUCUUCUUCGAAUACUUGGGUCCUUUGAUCCUCUACCCCGUCUUCUACUACUUCCCUGUAUACAAGUACUUUGGAUACGAAGAAAAGCGUGUCAUCCACCCCGUUCAAACAUAUGCUUUAUAUUACUGGUGUUUCCACUACUUCAAACGAAUCAUGGAAACAUUCUUCAUCCACCGUUUCAGCCAUGCAACGUCCCCACUAUCAAACGUUUUCAGAAACUGUGCUUAUUACUGGACCUUCGGUUCAUACAUUGCUUACUACGUCAACCACCCACUUUACACACCUGUUAGUGAUCUUCAGAUGAAGAUCGGGUUCGGGUUUGGUAUAGUUUGUCAACUUGCAAACUUCUAUUGUCAUAUUAUACUGAAGAAUCUACGCAGUCCUGAUGGUAGUGGAGGGUAUCAAAUUCCUCGUGGGUUUCUGUUCAACAUUGUGACUUGCGCGAACUACACAACAGAGAUUUACCAAUGGUUGGGUUUCAAUAUCGCUACACAGACCGUUGCUGGCUAUGUAUUCCUUGUGGUUGCUACCUCUAUCAUGACGAAUUGGGCCCUUGCAAAGCAUCGUCGACUGAAGAAGCUAUUCGACGGUAAAGAUGGAAGGCCGAAGUACCCCCGAAGAUGGGUUAUUCUUCCUCCAUUCCUGUAGAACGGAUCGAUGAGCAUCGUACUUUUCGAGAUAUGAACUUUACAACGUUGAAACAUGGUCUCCGAGUUCAUUGAAAGAUCAAUUCUUGUUAGAGUAUGGAAUUUUAGUUGGUGGUGAACCAAUAUAAUUUACUUGACAUGCGCAUUAGGAUGCUUUUUUGCUUAUGUAAACUCAUUGCUGGUUUAAACUAUUGGUGUUGGUUAUUGUUUCAAUUAAUGGUUUUUUUAUGUUCUUA